CAGCAUUCACAUAGUUCUGUAUUUGUGCUGCAGUUCUGGAGAGGAUGUAGUCCAGUUUGAUGGUGUUUGAAUGGGUAAGAGGACCAGUUUAUCUGAUCUGUUCAGGCCCCAACAAAUACAAUCACACCCACAGAGCUGUAUCUAAGCAGUGUCAUAGUUUAGAGGAAGUGAGUGUUCACAUUUCCCAGCUCACAUCAGUCUCAGUGCUGACCUCCUUCAUGACAAUUUACUGAACAAUCUAAACCAGUGAAACCACCACAGCUGUACCUUUCUCCUGGACAUCUCCAGUAGUCUAUACCUUCAGGGGGUCGGAGAACAGGUGCAAGAUAGCUCCGGUAGACCUGGAUGUGCUGACUUGUUAUCUCCAGUCAUGUAGAUCCAGAGACAGCUUUACAGAGAAUCUGCAUUAAAACAUAUGAAGAUAAAUGGUUGUUGCACAACUACUCAGUUUGUUGUUGUUUGUGUGUGUGGGGGUCUACCGGGGGCCAUGCUGGUUAUAGAGUCUGACUGCUGCAGGAAGGAAGGACCUGCGGUAUCUCUCCCUGAGACACCGCGGGGGCAGCAGCCUGUCGCUGAAGGAGCUGCACAGUGCGGACAGGGUGUCCUGGAGGGGGGGGGACACAUUGUCCAGCAGGGAGGACAGCUUGGCUGCCAUUCUCCUGUCUCCCACCACCUCCACAGGGUCCAGAGGACUCCCCAGGACAGAGCCGGCCUUCCUUAUCAGUCUGUUGAAGAUGCAUUUUGGUUUGUUGGCUGGAAAGAUAAACAACUAACUGAAACUAUCUGUCAUUUCUGGUUGGUUAUUAGAUGGGACUUGACCAGGGACUUGACUUAGGACUUGUUGGUCUUGAGUUGAAAUGUUUUGCUUCUGUCUUGGGUCUUGAAUUGGCACUUUUUUAAGCCCUGACUUGAAAAUGUUUGGUUCUCUGUCGGGAUUUGAAUGUGGUUUAUUGACCUUGAAUUGGGACUAAAUCAAGACUUGGUGGACUUGAAUUGACUUUUUCACUUUCUGAUUUUGACUUGAACUGGAAUCGGCACUUUUUGAGUCUUUUUGGUUCUCUGUUGGGCCUUAACUUGGGACUUGUUAGUAUUGACUCGGGACUUGUUUCCUCCACAGCACUUCAAUAUAAUAGUUGUGGUGCAGUAUGAGCAGGGAGAGUUCUUCAGGUUGUUCCAUUUCACUUUCAGAUUCUGGUUUUGUGAUUUUGUUCAGAUAUGAGAAGCAUUCAUGAAGACUCCGCCUCCUGGGUCUUCUUCUCUCCUCCCGUUUCUCCUCCUCUCCUCCCGUUUCUCCUCCUCUCCUCCUGUUUCUGCAGCCUGCUGCUCCCUAUCAGGCGCUCAGUGAAGCGACACACUCGGCUAUAAAUACCCGUCUAGUAUCUGCUGCCGUCUGUAUGCACACUCUGAACCUGGAGGACCCUCAGAUCCACUGGAUUUAUUUCCUGCGCGGCUUUUCAAACUCUUCUUCUGGACGAGGGUUUUAUGAACGUCUGACUUGACCCGGUGCCCUGUGGUUUGCACGGAGAAGCUAUGGGAGACUAUUGGGGCGAUAUAGCCAGUGAGAGGGUGUCCCGAGCCAUGUCCCUGGGAAACGAUGAGGAGGCGGUGCUGGACCAGGGGAAGACCAGCUCCACCCUCUACACCAACUUUGAGAAGGAAGAACUGGAGAGUCACAGAGCCGUGUACGUGGGCGUCCAUGUUCCUCUGGGCCGAGAAACUCGGCGGCGGCACCGUCACCGAGGACACCGACAUCACCGGAAGCGUCGGGACCGCUCCGACCGGGAGGACGGACAAGAGUCCCCAUCGAACGACACGCCGUCUCAGAGGGUGCAGUUCAUCCUGGGGACGGAGGAUGGAGACGAGGAGCACAUCCCCCAUGACCUGUUCACCGAGCUGGACGAGAUCACCUUCAGAGACGGAGACUUCCAGGAGUGGAAGGAGACGGCCAGGUGGCUGAAGUUCGAGGAGGACGUGGAGGACGGAGGCGAGCGCUGGAGCAAACCCUACGUGGCGACGCUGUCUCUCCACAGUCUGUUUGAGCUGCGCUCCUGCAUCCUGCGCGGCACCGUGCUGCUGGACAUGAGGGCGAGCGGCAUCGAGGAGAUCGCAGACAUGGUGAUCGACAGCAUGCUGGCGUCGGGGCAGCUGGAGGAGGCGGUUCGGGAGAAGGUGAAGGAGACCAUGCUGAGGCGCCACCACCAUCAGAGCGAGAAGAAGCUGAGCAACCGCAUCCCGCUGGUCCGGUCCUUCGCCGACAUCGGCAAGAAGCACUCCGACAGCCAUCUGCUGGAGCGCAACGGUCUGCUGGCAUCGCCUCACUCAGCUCCAGGAAACCUCGACAGCAAGAACAGCGAGAGUCGCAUCAACGGAGGAAACAGCCGUGAGAACAGCACCGACUUCAGCAGGGUGGACAUGAACUUCAUGAAGAAGAUCCCCCCCGGUGCAGAAGCCUCUAAUGUGCUAGUGGGGGAGGUGGACUUCCUGCAGAGACCCAUCAUCGCCUUCGUCCGGCUCGCCCCCGCCAUGCUGCUCAGCGGCCUCACCGAGGUGCCGGUGCCCACCAGGUUCCUCUUCCUGCUACUUGGCCCGUUUGGAAAAGGUCCGCAGUACCACGAGAUCGGACGCUCCAUCGCCACGCUGAUGACAGACGAGAUCUUCCACGACGUUGCCUACAAGGCGAAGGACCGGACAGACCUGCUGUCAGGGAUCGACGAGUUCCUGGAUCAGGUGACCGUCCUCCCCCCGGGGGAGUGGGACCCCAGCAUCCGCAUCGAGCCCCCGAAGAGCGUCCCCUCCCAGGAGAAGAGGAAGCAGCCGCCGGCACAGAAUGGCUCCGCCCACAGCUGUGACAUCAUCAAGGAGGCGGAGCAUCAGGCGGGGCCGGAGCUGCAGAGGACGGGGAGGGUCUUCGGGGGUUUGGUGAACGACGUCCGCAGGAAGUUGCCGUUCCUGUGGAGCGACGUCCGGGACGCCGUCAGCCUGCAGUGCGUGGCCUCCGUGCUCUUCCUGUACUGCGCCUGCAUGUCGCCCGUCAUCGCCUUCGGGGGGCUGCUGGGGGAGGCCACCAAGGGGAACAUCAGCGCCAUAGAGUCUCUGUUCGGCGCGUCGAUGACCGGCGUGGCGUACUCUCUGUUCGCCGGGCAGCCGCUCACCAUCCUGGGCAGCACCGGUCCGGUUCUGGUCUUUGAGAAGAUCCUCUUCAACUUCUGCAGUGACUACGGCCUGUGCUACCUGUCUCUGCGCACCAGCAUCGGGCUCUGGACGGCCUUCCUCUGCCUGCUGCUGGUCGCCACCGACGCCAGCUCCUUGGUCUGCUACAUCACCCGCUUCACCGAGGAGGCCUUCGCUUCCCUCAUCUGCAUCAUCUUCAUCUACGAGUCUCUGCAGAAGCUGGUGCACCUCGGGAAGCAGUACCCCAUCAACAUGCACAACCAGCUGGACAACCUCACCUUCUACACGUGUCGGUGCUCUCCUCCGGCCAACGCCUCCAUGGAAAUCCUGCAUCAGAGGAGCAAAACAAACGCUACCUCGGAGAACAUCCGGUGGGAGGAACUGUCUGUGAAGGAAUGUAAGGAGUUCGGGGGGGUGUUUGAGGGCUCGGCUUGUGGCCCCCUCGGCCCCUUCGUCCCCGACGUCCUGUUUUGGUCCGUCAUCCUCUUCUUCACCACCUUCUUCCUCUCCUCCUUCCUCAAACAGUUCAAGACCAAACGGUUCUUCCCCACCAAGGUGCGCUCCACCAUCAGCGACUUCGCCGUGUUCCUCACCAUCACCGUCAUGGUGCUGCUGGACUACCUGGUGGGAGUUCCCUCUCCAAAGCUGCACGUUCCCGACCGCUUCCAGCCCACGUCCAGCUCUCGCGGCUGGCUGAUCUCUCCUCUGGGGACGAACCCGUGGUGGACGCUGCUGGCGGCGGCGGUCCCCGCGCUGCUCUGCACCAUCCUCAUCUUCAUGGACCAGCAGAUCACCGCCGUCAUUGUCAACAGGAAGGAGAACAAGCUGAAGAAGGGCUGUGGCUAUCACCUGGACCUGCUCAUCGUGGCAGUGAUGCUGGGCGUCUGCUCCAUCAUGGGCCUGCCGUGGUUCGUGGCGGCGACCGUGCUCUCCAUCUCGCACGUCAACAGUCUGAAGCUGGAGUCGGGCUGCGCGGCGCCCGGAGAGCAGCCCAAGUUCCUGGGCAUCAGAGAGCAGCGCGUCACCGGGUUCAUGAUCUUCUUCCUGAUGGGCUGCUCCGUCUUCAUGACCUCCGCCCUGAAGCUGAUCCCCAUGCCGGUCCUGUACGGAGUCUUCCUCUACAUGGGAGUGUCCUCGCUCAAAGGCAUCCAGCUGUUUGACCGCAUCAAGCUGUUCUGCAUGCCGGCCAAACACCAGUCGGAUCUGAUCUACCUGCGCUACGUGCCGCUGUGGAAGGUGCACGUGUUCACCUGUGUGCAGCUCACCUGCCUCAUCGUCCUCUGGGUCAUCAAAGCCUCGGCCGCCGCCGUGGUCUUCCCCAUGAUGGUCCUGGCUCUUGUGUUCAUCCGGAAGCUUCUGGACUUCUGCUUCACGAAGAGAGAGCUGAGCUGGCUGGAUGACCUGAUCCCGGAGAGCAAGAAGAAAAAGGAGGACGACAAGAAGAAGAGGGAGAAGGAGGAUGCUGAGAGGAUGAUGGAGGAGGUGGAGGAAGAUGCUCCGUACGACAUCAGCUUCCCAAUUCAAUCCCUGAAGGGACGUGCGGACCCCUCUGAGGUGAACAUCUCAGAUGAAAUGUCCAAGAGUGGCAUCUGGAGGUCGAUGAACUGUGACAGCGGCAGAGCUCUGAAACGCUGCAGCAGUCAGGAGAAGCUGCCGAGCGUGCAGAUCAGCGUGGAGAACGAGGACGGGCGCCGAGUCGUGGACGCUGAGACCUCGUUGUGAUGCAGCGCCGGCCUCCGCCAGCAGGGAGCGCUGCAGGAGGAGAGAACCGCCGAUCACUGAGGGGGAACAGCCAAUCAGGCUUCAGCUCACCGUCGGUUAAUUUUGUCAUCGUUUUAAGAUGAAACACGGAGAGCCCAGGAGCCGCCGCGCGGAGAAACAAGUCCCUCCGUUUGUUUGGUCAGGUUCCAGAAACCUGAGCGACCUUUUAAUCAUUGUUUUAACGAGGCUCCUCACCUCAGACCGCUUUAAUUUAAUCCAUCGUGUGUGUGUGUGUGUGUGUGUGUGUGUGUGUGUGUGUGUGUGUGUGUGUGUGUGUGUGUGUGUGUGUGUGUGUGUGUGUGUGUGUGUGUGUGUGAUCACUGUUGUGACUGAGUGACGUCCCUGCUCAUGGAAAUUUUAAUAAAUUCAGUUUGGUGACGACCGUAAAA